AUUAAACGCCCCGUCUUACUGUUACCCCCUUCUGCUUCGUUUCCGUUCCUUAUUUGCAUAACUGGGUUUACCCUAGCUCCAGUCUUGUCAAUGCCGUACGCAAGAUGAGCACUUACUUCUCACAUGAGCCUCCGCUUUGUUAGCAAUGUUGGUCGGCAAUUUCGAACCCUAACCGUAAUCCACGACCCUAUCAGUUGUCAUCGUAGGGGAGUCAGCUUCAGAACCCUCCGCCAUCACUGUUGGAGGAUCUGGACAAGUUAGUGAAGAUGGUCCAUGAUUUAUUUGUAGCCAUGAGGAAGGCACGCGAGGUGGAGAUGGAGGGUUUGUUUAGCACGCGAACUAUAUUGAGACGUAUAGAAGAAAUCCAUAAGGAAUUGAAACAAUAGCAUGAUGAAAAAGAAUGGAUUGGGUCCUUCUUUCCUUAAUUAGUAAUUGGAUAAUGACUUCCAACUUUGAACCAAUUAAAAACAUUGUGCUUUUAAUUGCACAUGAAAUUGUCAGUUUUAUAAUUUUGUAAUUUAUAAUUCUAAUCACCACCAUUAUUCGACUUCAUAGAUAUGCCGUGUUGAGUUUUUGUCUCUGCUCUCAGCUUUUCUUAGAUUGUAAAGAAUGUUAUGCAUUUUUUGUCUUCUGGGUUGUUUGGACUUUGCUAAAAUGCUUAUGGAACAAAGGCUAAUCUUUUUUUAUGUUCAGGUUCUCAGGAUGAAGUUUUAAGCUUAUUUAGCUGCAAAAAAAUGGCGACUUAUUCUACCAAAAUAGAUAUUCUAGGCUCAUUUGCCUUCAUAGUAUUCUGGGUUCUGGCAGUUUUCCCAACCUUACCAUUUCUACCAAUUGGCAGAACCGCAGGGUCUCUUCUUAGUGCUGCACUUAUGGUACUUUUUCAAGUCGUGUCUCCAGAUCAAGCGUACGAAUCACUCGAUCUGUCGAUCCUCGCUCUUCUGUUCGGCACAAUGGUUGUGAGUGUUUACAUUGAAAGAGCUGAUGCAUUUAAGUACUUGAGCAAGCUGCUCUCAUGGAAGAUCAUUGGAGCGAAGGACUUAAUUUGCAGAAUAUGCUUAGUUUCUGCCAUUACAAGUGCUUUCUUCACCAAUGACACAGCUUGUGUAGUCUUGACAAAAUUUGUUGUUAAAAUUGCCCAAGAGAAUAACCUACCACCCCUCCCCUUCUUACUUGCUCUUGCCUCAAGUGCUAACAUAGGAUCUGCGGCUACUGCCAUUGGUAACCCCCAAAAUUUCAUCAUAGCUUCAGAAAGUAACAUGUCCUUCUGCCAAUUCCUAUCUGGCAUGAUCGCUGCAACAGUCGCUGGAGUUUUCGCGAAUGCAUUACUUAUUCUAUGUAUGUUCUGGAAUUUAUUAUCCGUUGCAAACGAUGAAAACGGGUACACUUAUCAGUUUUCGCCUAAUGAUCAAGAAAAUGGCGUCCAAACUACUAGUAAUGGCCGAAUUUCCAGUGAGCAUGAUUUGCCCGCGUCUAGGAAUUCGAAUCUUUUCGAAAAAUGGAAAGGAAAAUUUCAGAAAACAUGUGUUUACCUUAUCGUCCUGGGAAUGUUGAUUGCUUUGCUUGCGGGUCAAGAUAUGUCCUGGACUGCAAUUACAGCAGCACUUGCUCUUGUGGUGCUUGAUUUCAAGGAUGCAGCUCCAUGUUUUGAUAAGGUGUCUUAUUCCCUUCUAGUUUUCUUCUGUGGAAUGUUUAUCACUGUGGAGGGCUUGGACAAAACAGGAAUUCCAAGCCUUUUAUGGGAUUCUGUGGAAAAAUACACAAGUAUUGAUACUGCUUCUGGAGUUGCAGUUGUCUCCCUUGCCAUCCUUCUCCUAUCAAAUCUGAUUUCAAAUGUGCCAACUGUUCUGUUGCUGGGAUACCGGAUGGCGACGGCUGCGGCCGUGGUUUCUUCGGGCAAUGAGAAGAAGGCAUGGCUGAUUUUGGCGUGGGUGAGCACGGUGGCCGGGAAUCUAUCACUGCUGGGAUCAGCUGCCAACCUGGUAGUUUGUGAACAGGCUCACCGAGCGGCUCUUCCUCCUCUUGGCUACACUUUAACCUUUGGAAAUCAUCUCAAAUUUGGACUUCCCUCCACGCUCAUUGUCACCGCCAUUGGCUUGACAAUAAUUAACUGAAUUUUAUGAACUUUUUAUUUUAAUCUUCUUUCUGUCUUUAUUCUUCCGAAUGUAUUGUUUUUUGGAAUAUUCUUUGAGCCAUCGAAGAGAAGCCUAAUCUUAUGUUUUGAUAAA